AUGAACCGCAUGCAGCUACGUUUGCUGCUGCAGCAAGCAGCAGCAAACGAAGCACCUGCAGACUAUGGGGGCCCCCAGAGGCCUCCUGCAACGCCAGCUGCUGCUGCAGCCUGCUGCACUCAAUAUCACAACCGAGACCAGCAGCAAAAGCAGCAGCAACAGCAGCAGCAACAGCACCAACAGCUCAAGCAACACCAACACCACCAACACCAGCAACAGCAGCAAAAGCAGCAGCAGCAGCAGCAGCAGCAGCAGCAGCUUCAGCACCAACAACAACAGCAGCAGCAACAACAGCAGCAAACUCAGCAGCAGCAGCAACAGCAGCAGCAGCAGCAGCUGGGUUGUGCAGCAGGUGCUGCUGAGCCCGAUGUUGAGGUCUGGAAGCCUCUCUUCUUUUCAAACCCCGAGGAAUUCACAGCGAACGCCUUCUCCUCAGAGCAUGUUGCAGAUGCAGCAGCAGCAGCAUCAGCUGCUGCUGGUGCUGCUGCUGCUGUUGAUGCUGCAGCAACAGCAGUAGCUGCAACAGAAGCAGCUGUACCAGCAGCAGCAGCAACAGCUGCAGCGGCAGCAACAUCAGACACCCAUGCAGGAAACUUGAGCAGCAAAGACCUCGACUUGCUGCAGCCUGUCUCCGCCACUUUCUUCUUCAGCGCGGCCCCCCGUAGCAGCAGCAGCAGCAGCAGCAGCAGCAGCAGCAGCAGCAGGAAGGUGCGUGCUUGUUCAGGUAUUAGAGGGUUGAAGCGCAGCUGUCCUUCUCCCUGUCUCGCUGCUUCGGUGCCUGAGGGGCCCCCGGGGGCCCCCCUCUCCCCUGUAGACAAUUUGUCUUCUAAUUUAUUAUUUUCUUCUUUCUUUAAUGCAGCAGCAGACGGCAGAUACAACGCAGCAGCAGCAGCAGCAGCAGCGCGCGCUGCUGCAGCGGGGGGCCCCUGGGGCCCCUCUGCAGCAACAGCAGCAAAUGCGCAGCCACCACUGUCUUCUCGGGUUCGAGAGGAAAACACUCAACACAAAUAUUGCAGCAGCAGCAGCAGCAGCAGCAGCAGCAGCAACGUUUUAUUGGGAACAGCAGCAGCUGAGGAGCUGUGGGGUGCAGCAACAGCGACAGCACCCAACCGCAGUCAGGCUCCAAGGCUGCUGCUGCCUUCACAUGCGCAGCAGCAGCAGCAGCGGCAGCGUCAGCAGCAGCAUGCGCAGCCACUGCAGCUGCAGCAACCACAGCGGCCGCUGCAGCGGCAGCCCUCGACGCUACACAGCGACGAUGAAGAGGCAGCAGCAGAAGCAUCAGAAGCAGCAGAAGCAGAAGCAGCAGCAGAAGCAGAAGCAGCAGAAAUAGCAGAAGCAGCAGAAACAGCAGAAGACAUUACAGCAGCAAAAGGAGGGCAGCGCACUCGGCUGACGUCCAGCGCUGCUGCUGCUGCUCCUCCGCCAGACUACCCACGUCGCUAUCAUCAUCAAUAUCAGCAGCAGCAGCAGCAGCAGCAGCGGGGGCAGCGUGCACAUCUGGCGUCAACAGCAGCAGCUCGCGAGGCCAGCCGCAGAGCUCUGAUGAAUAGCCUAAGAUUUACCUCCCACCUCAGCAGCAGCAGCAACAGCAACAGCAACAGCAGCAGCAACAGCAGCAGCAGCAGCGCUUCACCAGCAGCAGCAGCAGCAGAAGCAGAAGGAGCAGCAGCAGAAGGUCCAAUGCAUUUCCAUACAACAGAUUCUUCAGACGAUUCAAAUCCAAGCAGUGCCCGCAUUCGCAUGCGAACAGCAGCAGCAGCAGCAGAUGCAGCAGCAGCAGCGCCAGCAGCAGCAGCAGCAUCUCCGCAUUCCGCUUCUCGUUUGAGCGGCAGCAGCAGACGGCCUUUGACGGUCCGCCAGGUAAUUGGUUUGGCUCUCCGCAGCCGCAACCGCAGCAGCAGCAGCAGCAGCAGCAGCAGCAGCAGCAGCAGCAGCAGCAGCAGUGUAAAUCCUUCUUGGCAGAGCGCGUUGUGUUACAGUCGGCGUUCCUUCUCUUCUUUAGAGCGUGAAGCACUUCUCUUUUAUUUGCAGCUCGUUGCUGCAUUUGAAGCCAGCUGGGUUGCUGUUAGACCCAUUCCCUCCAGCAGCAGCAGCAGCAGCAGCAGCAGCAGCAGCAGCAGCAGAAAUGCUAACCGCGAGGAAGCAGCAGCAGCACCGAAUGUAAAUGUUUAUUUGGUGCCGCCCUUCUUAGUGCGCGCGCUUAGAAAGGUGCCGCUGACUCCGGCGCAGCUGCAGAGGCUAGCAGCAGCAGAACUGGCCAAGUGCUGCAGCAGCAGCAGCAGCUGCAGCAGGCAUGGAGUGCAGCAGCAGCAGCAGCAGCAGCAGCAACUAGGGCCUCAGGCGCUGCUCAAGGCUGCAAAGCAGCGCGUUAAGUUGCCAAAUCCACUGACCCUCCGCAUGAGGGGAACACGCUCAGCAGCAGAAGCAGCAGCAGCAGCAGCAGCACCAAGUACAGCAGCAGCAGCAGCAGCAGGUGCAGCACCGACGGCACCGGCAGGACGGCGAGCAUCAGCUGCAGAAGGUCCCGCAGCAGCAGCGCCCGCUGCAGCAACAGGCGCAGCAGAAGGCGCAUCAGGAGCUGCAGCAGCACCAGCAGCAGCAGCAGCAGCAGCAGCAGCAGGAGAGUGUUGCAGUGAAGGUCUUCGUGGUGAGGAGCGGUGGAUAGAUGUAUUUCUUUGCUGCGGAGGUAAAGAUAUGCUGGCUUUAGAUUGGCUUCCCUUCAUAUCUAGAUAUCUCUACUUCUGUCUUGCUGCUGCUGUCAGGCAGCAGCAGCAAGCUGCUGCGAGAGAAGGCAGAAUCACCUUCAAUGAGGGCGCCGUAUUCACAGCUGCAGCAGCAGCAGCAGCAGCAGCAGCAGCAACCCCAGCAGCAGCAGCAGCAACCCCAGAAGCAGCAGCACAAAGUCGCUCCACAAGCCCAGCGAAUGAUCGAGGGAAAACCAUCGCCAGGGUCCUUGCACAGGCAGCGCAGCAGCACCAGCAGCAGCAGCAGCAGCAGCAGCAGCAGCAGCAGCAACACCAGCAGCAGGAGCAGCAGCAGUCGGAGCAGCAGCAGCAGCAGGAGCACCAGCAGCAGGAGCACCAGCAGGAUUUUGAAGGGGCCUCAGAUCGCACUAGCGAGCCAGAGGUUGCUGUUGAGGCUUCUCCCCGUAGUGCCGCUGCUUCCAAACCCCUCUCAGGCGGUGCAGCAGGAGCAGCAGCAAGUGCAGCAGCAGCAGCAGCAGGCGAAGAAGCCUCGCUGCUGGAGGUGGAGGUGCCUGUGUUGCUGCAGAUGGAUUUAGCGUUUGUGCUGCUCGACUAUCCCGGCUACGGAUACAGCAAAGCAGAUCUACCUACUCCCCAAGUGGAUGGGCUGACGGCGGCGUUGAGAAAACUUACCGCAGUCAUCGGCACAAACUGCAAACUCAGACUGCAUGUGCUGGGCUAUUCGCUGGGAGCAGCAGUUGCGCUGGAGACGGCAAAUAUAAUAUGCAAAGAGCUGCUCUCAGUUAGAAAGCAGCGCCACAGCAGCAGCAGCAGCAGCAACAGCAGCAGCAACAGCAGCAGCAGCAACAGCAGCAGCAGCAGCAGCAGCGGCAACAGCAGCGACAGCGAAGGCGCAGCAGCACCUGCUGUUGCUGAUUCUUCUUUGUUCAUGAAGACCCCUACGUUCGCUGUCUCUACUCCUGUUGCUGCAGCAGCAACAGCAGCAAAUCUACUAUCUCCUGUAGAUGCAUUCAAAUCAUGGGUGCCACAAGCUAGUAGGGAAUGCAGCAGCAGCAGCAGCAGCAGCAGCAGGGGCAGCAGCAGGGGCAGAAGCAGAAGUGACAGCGGCAGUAGAAGCAGCAACAGUAUAGACGGUAGGACAAAGAAGAACAGGGGCUCUCGCCUAGCUCGCAGCAACAGCAGCAGCAACCUGAGAAGCAGCAGCAGAUACAGCAACAGUAGCAGCAACAGAAGCAGCAACAGCAGCAGGAAGAACAGCGAAAGUGCAGCAGAAGAGCUCCAUGUAUUCGCCUCUCCCCUGCGGCCUCAGCCUGCAGCAGCAUAUGCAUCCCCUGCCUCUGGAAGCAGCAGCAGCAGCAACAGCAGCACCAGCAACCGCAGCAGCAGCAACAGCAGCAGCAGCAGCAGCAGCAGCGAAGAUGGUUUUGAGGGGAGAAGUGGCUUAGGGGUGCCUAAUGCCUCUGCUGAUUUAAUAGCUGCUGCAGCAGCAACAAAAGAUCUGGGCAUGCCGUUCCGCAUGUUCUUACAAGAGACAAUGCCAUACCAGAGAGGCAGCAAGCGCAACCGACAGCAGCAGCAGCAACAGCAGCAGCAGCAGCAGCAGCAGGAGGGGGAGUGGGGUGUUGAAGGUGAAACAGAAGAAGCUGCGCAGCAACAGCGUCAGCAUCAACAGCAACACCUGCAGCAGCAACAGCAGCAGCAGCAACAGCAGCAACAGCAGCAACAGCAGCAGCAGCAGCAGUUUGUGAGGGUGUUGUAUAUUUUUGUGCUUUAG